AUGACACCCAGAAAUAUUUUAUCAUUCCUUUUUAUUCUUCACAUUUUUGCCAAUAGUGAGAGUUCUAUGGUCAAACUCAAUAAUGGGGGGUAUGAAGAUAUAGUUAUCGCCAUCGAUCCUAAAGUCAAGGAAGAUCUCCAGAUCAUUGAGAAUAUUAAGAAUAUGGUGAAAGAAGCCACAAGUUUACUGUUUGAUUCCACAGGCAAGAGGGUCUAUAUACGUAGCGUGAAGAUAUUGAUUCCUGUUUCCUGGUCUGCAAAUGACUAUCCGAGACCUAAAGUAGAAACAUAUGAUAAGGCAGAUAUAAUCAUCGCUGAUCCCAACGUGAAGUACGCAGAUGAUCCCUAUACACAACAUUAUGGACGCUGUGGAGAACCAGGUCAAUACAUUCACCUUACACCCAAUUUCCUGACUGAUGACUCCCUCAUCUCAGUGUAUGGACCCCGAGGUAGAGUGUUUGUUCAUGAAUGGGCUCAUCUCCGAUGGGGAGUUUUUGAUGAAUACAGUUUGGAUAAUCCUUUCUACAUUGCGGGGAAUCUUAAAGUGGAGGCUACAAGGUGCUCUGCUGAUAUUUAUGGUGAGAGCAAAAUUUAUAAAUGUCAAGGAACGUCCUGUAGGGUUACCGCAUGUGGUUUUGACCCAAUCACUGGACUCUACGAAAAAGGUUGUGUUUUUAUACCCAAUCAGAAGCAGUUUGCCAAAGAGUCCUUAAUGUACAUGCAGGGUCUUCCUGAUGUCACUAAGUUCUGUGAUGCAACUAACCACAACUUCGAAGCUCCAAACAUGCAAAACAGAAUGUGCAAUUCCCGCAGUACUUGGGACGUGAUCAUGACCUCCACUGAUAUCAGGUCCACGCAACCAAAUCCCGGACUCACUAUUCCGGUCCCCACCUUCACACUUUUGCAGUUUUCAGAGCGAGUGAUGACUUUAGUGCUGGAUACAUCUGGAAGCAUGGCUACCCAUGGCCGUAUUGAGCGCAUGUACCAAGCAGCAGAGAUUUUCCUCGUACAGAUCGUUGAGACCGGAUCUUAUGUAGGAAUAGUGACAUAUUCCAGUUCUGCCUCUAUAAACUCACCGCUGGUCCAAAUAAAAAGCGAUACCGAGCGUCAGCAGCUGAAGCGCCUCCUUCCCACUGUAGCAAGUGGGGGAAGAAAUAUAUGUGCUGGGCUUCUGGCUGGUAUUCAGGUAAAUGAAGGAAGGUCUGGAGGAUCAGAAAUCCUACUGUUAUCAGCCGGAGAGGAUGACUAUGAUACUCGUCUUUGUUUCCCACAAGUUAUAGAAAGCGGGGUCAUAGUUCAUGUCAUAUUCCUCGGAUCUGCGGAAGAACCAAGACUUAAAGAAAUUGUACAACUGACAGGUGGAACCAUGUAUUUGGCCACAGAUAAUACUAAUCUGAACGCACAAGGUUUAAUCGACGCCGUCAGCUCCAUUUCAGCCAGAGAUGGAGACAUCACUAAACAGUCUAUACAGCUGGAAAGUGCUUCCUCAAGUCUUCGACCAGCUCAAUGCUUGAAUGGCGCCAUCUUCAUUGAUAAUACGGUGGGGAAGAACACUUCCUUUGUAGUCACUUGGCAAACUACAAUACCGAACAUCAAACUGCAAGAUCCAAAUGGCAUUAUAUAUACUUCUGCACAAUUUAUCAGUAACACCACAUCUAAAUCAUCAAAACUUGUCUUACCCGCCAUUGCAGAGAUCGGACCCUGGCAUUACAGUCUCUGCAAUUCCCGUAAUUCAGCUGAAGUUCUAGGUUUAGUCGUGAAUUCUAAGGCUUCAGAUGUAAAAGUUUCUCCAAUUGUUGUAAAUGCCCAUAUGAACCAAGACGUAAACCAGUAUCCCAACCCUAUGGUUAUCUAUGUCUCGGUGAGUCAAGGACUGAUGCCGGUCACUGGAGCAAAGGUCACGGCAAUAAUUGAACCUGUCACUGGACCAAUAGUCACCCUAGAGCUUCUGGACAAUGGGGCAGGCCCUGAUAUCAUGAAGGACGAUGGAGUAUAUUCCAAAUACUUUACGAAGUUCUUAGCAAAUGGAAGAUACAGUUUAAAAGUUCGGGCUGAGAACAAUGAAAAGGGUAAAAGUCGCUUGACCCUCCCGAAGAACCGCGCUCUCUAUGUCCCAGGAUUUAUCGUAAAUGGUUCUAUCACUAUGAAAACCUCCCGCCCCAAGAUGGCCGAUGAAGAUCUUAUUGUUGGAGAAUUCAGCAGGACAGCCUCCGGAGGUUCUUUUCUGGUAUCUAAUGUGCCCUCAGGUCCUCAACCAGAUAUCUAUAGACCUGGGAAAAUAACUGAUCUGGAGGCGACCAUUGUAGAUGAUAGGAUUAAGUUAUCUUGGACAGCGACUGGGGAUGAUCUGGACCAAGGCAAUGCCACAAGCUACGACUUAAGGAUGAACCUCAACCCCAGUGACCUCAGAACCAACUUCAAUGGAUCCGAACCGAUACACAUUUCUUCGCACAUUCCCCUCCCGGCCGGAUCCAGAGAAACAUUCUCAUUUGUGCCAGAAAACAUUGUUAUAAAGAACGGCACUAUUCUUUACUUCGCUUUAGUCGCUACUGAUAAAUCCUCUCAACGUUCCGAUGUGUCAAACAUAGCUCAGGCCGCUCUGGUCAUCCCACCAACACCGGCUCCCAAUACUGAAUCAACAACUGAUGACAGCUCUGAAGGACUGAAUGUAACCACAAUAACACUGAUUGUAUGUGGAGCCGCCAUUCUUAUCUGUGUCAUUGUCUGUAUCACCGUCUGCAUUGUCAGCUGCACAAAGAAGAAAAAGAAUCCACAAUUGAGAGUGUGA